CUUCGUUGUUUAUCUCGCUCUUUGCUCUGCUCUGAGCUGAAGGAAGAGAAUUAAUGGAUUAUUUUCUCUACAUUUCUCUUCUCAUCCUCUCAAUAUCCGCUGUUUCGCCUACGAUCGCAGUUCCUGUGGUAAAACCUCUGUUUGAAAGCAUUGAAAAUGAAAAACCCAGUUCGAAAGCCCGUGUUUUUGAUAGCUUCAAGUAUGGAAUGUUCCAACUCAACAAUGGAUUAGCUCAGACGCCUCAGAUGGGAUGGAAUAGCUGGAAUUUCUUCGCAUGUAACAUUAAUGAAACUGUUAUUAAGGAAACGGCUGAUGCUCUCAUUUCAACUGGAUUGGCUGAUUUAGGUUAUGUUUAUGUCAAUAUAGAUGAUUGCUGGUCUGCUCCCAAACGGAACGCAAAGGGUGAUUUGGUACCUGAUCCGGAGACUUUUCCGUCAGGCAUCAAAGCUCUAGCUGACUAUAUGCACGAGAAGGGCCUCAAGCUUGGUAUUUAUUCUGACGCUGGGGCUUUUACUUGUCAAGUUCGACCUGGAUCCCUUUUCUACGAAAAGUCUGAUGCUGAGAUGUUCUCAUCUUGGGGGGUAGACUAUUUGAAGUAUGACAACUGUUACAACCUUGGAAUCAAACCAGAGAAACGCUAUCCUCCAAUGCGUGAUGCUCUAAAUGCGACAGGCCGCACGAUUUUCUACUCAAUUUGUGAAUGGGGUGUUGAUGACCCUGCCCUAUGGGCAGGUGGAGUUGGAAACAGCUGGCGAACAACAGAUGACAUAAAUGAUUCAUGGGCAAGCAUGACCACUAUUGCUGACCUGAAUGACAAGUGGGCUGCCUAUGCUGGACCUGGUGGAUGGAAUGACCCAGAUAUGCUGGAAGUUGGCAAUGGAGGAAUGACUUAUCAUGAGUACCGUGCACAUUUCAGUAUUUGGGCUUUGAUGAAGGCUCCUCUUUUGAUAGGUUGUGAUGUAAGAAACUUGACUGCUGAAACAAUGGAGAUUAUAAGCAAUGAGGAGGUCAUUGCUGUCAACCAAGACCCACUUGGGGUUCAAGGGAAGAAAGUUUCAGCUGAAGGACAGGACAAUUGCCGUCAGGUAUGGGCAGGUCCUCUCUCUGGAAAUCGGUUGGUAGUUGUUCUUUGGAACCGAUGUUCAAAAGCUGUCAACAUCACUGCCAAAUGGGAAAUGUUAUGCCUCGAUCGAACUGUCGGUGUUUCUGUUAGAGAUCUGUGGAAGCAUGAAGAUUUAUCAGGAAAUUCAGUGGCAUCAUUCAGCAAUAGAGUUGAAUCUCAUGCUUGUCAGAUGUACAUCUUUGUUCCGGAAAGCAUGUCACACUCUUCAAUUUAGUCAUGGCACCUGUUAAGGUCAAGGCCGUGGCUUCACUGCAACUUUGUGGUCACCAGUUUGAUCCAAGUUCUACCCAAAGAGAAAAAGAAAGGAGCCAUUGGUUCCAAAGUCUUAACACUCUCACUCUUGGUAUCCUUCAUGUGAACAGUUGAAAGUAAAUUUUGUUGUAUGA